AUGCCCAGCGGUCAUCACCCCGACGAAGAUAACAAAUCUAGUCCCACCAGCAUGGCCUCUACGGACUAUCCCAGCGGUCCAGUGGAUGCCGCUCUCCUUGACGAGGAGGAAAACCCCCCGGACGAAAGCAUUGACCCCAAUGCGACGGCCACACCAUCCACCGCCGCCGGCGGGGGAUACAAUUCGCUCAAGACACAUCGCGGGCAGGUCUACUCCGGGAUGGCCGUCGGCGGCUCACAUACAUGGAACUAUGAUCCGGGGAUCUGGAAGGAGACGAAAGAGGAGCCGGAUCGCUGGUCCAUCGAUUACCAGACUCACAAGCGACGGGCACGGAAGGCACCGCGGGGCAGUGGUGCGCCCGUGGGCACGGAGUAUCACUGGUUGAUUGUGGGACACCAGCAUGUGAGGAAGGUCGAUGCCAACACCUACGAAACCCACCUGACGGGGUCCAAGUAUAAACUGGCGCACAAGACGGCCACCUCGUCUGCCUGGUCCAUUCCUACGGUCCGCGGACAGCGCGAACGGGAAAUCGAACUGCUAGAGGAUGCGCAGCGGCGAGUGCAGGGGCGACCACCGGUGCUGGCCGCCGAGAAGGUCAAGGUGGAGCGCAAGGAAAAAGGACAGCAGCGGUUGGAUGCGUUGUUUGUUCGGGCCGGGGACGAGGGACAGAAACGAAAGCGCAAAAAUCCUGCCUAG